AAUUCCCAAUUGUAAAUUGAAUUCUUUUAAUUUCAUUAUUGUUUAAAAUUGAAAUAUUUAAUUUAUUUUAUUGUUGCGAGUAUAAUCCUUUCCUUUCAAUGUGCACUUAUAAUAUUAAUUAAUGAAUGGGGCAUGGAUUGUUGACGUCAUUAAAAAAAAUUUUUUCUCUAAUAUUUAACUACUGAAUUUGUGUACUACGCUUAUUUGCAUAGGAUUUUUAAAUUAUGACUCAUUUAUUGAGGAUUAAUAUGUUCGUGCAUUGAAUAGUAUGCUGUCAAGAAAUCGUAAAAUAUAUCAGUGAUGACCAUUUAAAGGUGGAAACACAAUAAGCCAAAUGAACACGGCAACUCGUGGCGACGUCUCUAUUGUGAACGUCAUUUCACCGAAUAUUUAGAAUCACUUCAGGAUGUUGAGAGUGAAAAAGAUGAGUGCAAGGCUCUUAUCAACUUGGUACAACGGUAUGUCAGUACUCUGACAAUUCGAUCAUUACAGCCAUCCAAAUAUCCAUUCAAGUGGUCUGGAGAUGAUGAUGAAGAUCAAUGUACAGCGACUGAUUUUCCGGUUCACCACAUUGCCAUGAAUGUGAUUCUUCGAAAAUUGCCGGAGCUGCGGGAAUUGCGACUCAACUUUGGUAUGAUUUACAUGAACGAGGGAUUCGAGUGGCGCGACUUCGAUAAAUUUUUAUUGAUUUUUUCAUUGAGAUUUUCAGUUGAGGAUUGUUUAAAUCUGGGAAACGGAAUAAAAGAAGUGAAAAAUCUUCAGAAAAUCACUAUCACCCGGAGUAAUUUAGAUCAGCCACGUGCAGCGGCACUUCUUCAGGGCAUCGUCGUGAAUAACAACAUUCAAGUGCUGGAUUUUUCACACUGCAAGCUCGGUGACACCGGCGCUCAUGCAAUCGGUGAAUUUUUGAAGAUUCAUCGUAGUCUAAGGGAACUAAAUCUGACUAACAAUGAUAUUAAGGGGGCUGGAGUAGCUGGAAUUGUCCAUGGACUUAUCCAAGGCUCAUCCACUCCGUUGAGACAUUUAGAUUUGAGAUUGAAUCCACUUAGGGAUGACGGAGGAAUCCACAUAGCUGCACUGAUUCUGCGAGCGAGAAAUUUGGAAAAUUUGAAUGUCAGUGGUUGCUGUUUUAAAACUGAAACUGGAAUGGCAUUAGCGGAAGUCAUUGCCUCUGGGUACACGAAAAUAUUUUUCCUGAAGAUUGAUGUGUCGAAUAACAAUAUGGGACCCGUUGCUGGCGAGGCCAUGGAAGUCGCGGUUAAAAGUUGUUCACAUAUAAUUGGAUUGGACGUGAGAAUGUGUAAUUUCUCAAAAGAAUCGGAAUACCUCAUCAACGAGACUAUUGGAAGGAACAAAGAAGAAAUGACGAAGAGGAGGAUAAAGUCUAUACUUGAGCGUAAACGUAGUAUCUCUUCUAUUCCACUGCAAACAAAGAGUCUCCUACCACCACGUGAUUUUAAGGAUUUUCAAAGUCCUGAGCAUGGCGCUGUCCCUUUUCACAAUGAAUUGGAGAGUUCAGUCUAUACUGAACUGGAUGACGGAAGUUGGUUUGGCGGUGAGCAUGGACAAUAUGCAAUGAACAGCCAACAAAUGGUUCAUACUAGAUCAGAGGUAUCUGAUGCAGCUCACGAAUGAUGUUUCAAAUAAAUGACUCUUUAUAAGAUAUGGUAAUAAAUGAAAAUAACUAACUCAAAGUA